AUGUAUAAUUGGUCGGAAAAACUUCCAAAAGAAGUAAGUUUAAAAGUUAACGAUAUUUUACUUGUUUUAAACAUUACAAAAAACGAACAUGUAGUAGUAGUUUGCUGAGUAUAUUGACAGUAACUUCAUAGAUGUGUGCAAUUUUUGUUACUUUUAACUUCUAAAAACUCUUUUGUGGUCAUAAGUCUUUAUAUUUAGUUAUGGCAACACAUUUUUCAUCAUUUUGAAGGAAUCGAGAGUUUGGCUGCUAUGGCAGCAAUACACGAAAGGUUUUAUAAAUGGAUCAACAGAGACUUUAAAUUAAUGUGUUAUCGAGACGGAAUCUACAGAUUCAAGGGGGAAACCUGGGCUAAGGCUUUUAGUACGUAUGUUUUUUACAAAAUAUUUUCACGCCUAUAUUUUAUUUGAAUUCCGCACAAAUUACUGUGACGGAAUUUCAAUAACUAAAUCUUUAUCUUUUUUAUAAAUCACUUAAUUUUGCUUUAUCUAAUUAAAUAUUUUUAAAAUAUCAAUUUUGUGUUUCAGGACGAAUUGCCGUGCGUUUGACUUCAUAG